AUGGCUGCUCCGCCUGGGGUCCCGCCGCUGCGGGUGCUGGAGGCGUUGGGCAUUGGCUUGUCACCCACCGGCGAGGUGACAGAGGCGGUGACCGCCGAGGGCGCCUACUACCUGGAGCAGGUCACAAUAACUGAAACAUCAGAAGAUGAAUGUGAAUAUGAAGAGAUUCCAGAUGACAAUUACAGCAUUCCGGAAGGAGAAGAAGAUCUGGCAAAAGCAAUCCACAUGGUUGGAGAGCAAGCCACAGACAUCCACAUUUUGGAACAACGAACCAUUCUUCCUUCAAGGCAUGUAAUGCAAGAAGCCAUAGAAGAUUUUCUCUGCAAUUUCCUGAUCAAAAUGGGGAUGAACAGAACUCUGGACUGUUUUCAGGCUGAAUGGUAUGAGUUAAUACAGAAGAGAGGACCUGACCUUAGAGCACUUGGUAAUGUUCCAGAUGUCUACAGCCAGGUGAUGCUUUUAGAGACCGAGAACAAAAACUUGAAGAAAGAACUGAAACACUUCAAACAGGCAGCAGAAAAGGCCAAAGAAGAUCUGCUGAAAACUCAGAAGGAACGGGACUUCCAUCGCAUGCAUCAUAAGCGCAUAGUGCAGGAAAAGAACAAACUCAUUACUGACCUCAAAGGGCUAAAGUUACAUUAUGCAUCUUACGAACCAACUAUAAGGGUGUUACAUGAGAGGCAUCAUGCUUUACUGAAGGAGAAAAUGCUGACCUCUUUGGAAAGAGAUCGAGCUGUUGGGAAGAUUUCUGGGCUUCAAGCAACACUGAAGAACAUAGACAUAGGACAUAUUCAGGUCCCUGGAAUCAAAGGAUCUUAUGAGACUGCUUCUAUCACAAGAGAGCCAGGAGAAAAAGCUGGUCGCAGUUGUGAGAAAGAAAACAGUUCAGAAGGCCCUACUCAGAAAAGUCUUCAUGAAGCCAAGGAAGAAAAUGGAUAUAAAACAAAGAUGAAGAAUGAUAGAAAGGAUUCAGAAUUUCCCGUAGAUAUGCAACCAGAUCCAAACUUGACUGCAUGUACAGAAAAAAUUUCUGCAGCAAAAUUUGACUACAAGCUAAACAAUAUUUUCAGACUUCAUGAUCUCCCAGUGAGCUGCAUCGUCAUGCACCCCUGCAGAGACUAUCUUGUCUCCUGUAGUGAGGAUCGUCUCUGGAAGAUGGUGGGCCUCCCAAAGGGCAAUGUGCUUUUUACGGGAUCUGGUCACACUGACUGGCUGUCUGACUGCUGCUUCCAUCCGAGUGGCAGCAAGCUGGCUACUUCAAGUGGUGACAGCACAAUUAAACUAUGGGACCUCUCAAAAGGUGAAUGCAUCUUGACAUUUGAAGGACACAACCAUGCCAUAUGGUCCUGCACAUGGCACUCUUGUGGUGAUUUCGUGGCUUCUGCCUCACUGGAUAUGACGAGUAAAAUCUGGGACGUCAAUAGUGAACGCUGCAGAUACACUUUGUAUGGACACACGGACUCCGUGAACAGCAUUGAGUUUUUCCCUUUCUCCAACACUCUUCUCACCGCCUCUGCAGACAAGACCUUGUCCGUGUGGGAUGCACGAACAGGUAAAUGUGAGCAGUCCCUGUAUGGUCACAUGCACUCUGUCAAUGACGCCACCUUCACACCUAGGGGUCACAUAAUAGCAUCCUGUGAUGCCCGUGGAGUUACAAAGUUGUGGGACUUCCGGAAGCUCGUUCCAAUUGUUUCUAUUGAUGUGGGUCCAAGUCCCGGCAAUGAGGUGAACUUCGACCAUUCAGGUCGAGUUUUAGCUCAAGCGAGUGCCAACGGGAUUAUCCAUUUGCUGGAUCUUAAAUCUGGGCAAAUUCACAAACUGGUGGGCCAUGAGAGUGAAGUGCACAGUGUGGUGUUUUCCCACCUUGGGGAGAAUCUGUAUUCUGGAGGUUCUGACGGCACCGUUCGGUUGUGGCUCUGA